CAGGGGCCUAACAGUCCUCGGUGUUGCCGCCAAGAGGCAGCCGCCAUCCCGUGCGCGCGGCCGCCCUGCGCCGCCUCACCUGAGCUGAGGCCGCCGGUGACGUAGGUGAGCGGUUGGCCGCGCGCGAGGCGAAGAAUAAACCGCCGCAAGUCCGGGGCGGCGCGAGCGUCAUUUUCCAGGCCCUUCGGUUACUGGAAAGGACGAAGGAAGGAAGGGCGAACAGCAUCGGGAGGGCGAGCGGGCUCGGGUGACACCUGCUCAGGCCUUUGCUGAGCUCCCCUUCUCCUUUGGAUGUGAACUGACAGCGCGCAUACAAAAACAAAAGCAGCCUCUCAGAUAUUUUCCUCAUCGAUCUGUUCGGCGGUGGUAUUACAUACCUCUGGAGCGGAUGGGACUUGAACCCUAGUCUCCUGGCUCAGAGCUAAGGCCGCAAUCACUGUGUCACAAGAGUCAAUACCCUUCUUGUCAUUCACCCCCAUGAACCAAGAGCAAGCAGUUGUUCAUGAUCACUCCAUUUUGAACUUAUUCCCCCAGAAGAUAAACUCUAGGAAAUCAUCUAUUUUCCAGCCUCCGACACAGGACUACCAUUCUGAACGCCUAUGGUUCAUAUAAAACUGGACAAGGACAAUUUCUCAGACUUGAAUUUAAUCUCUUGCGAGUAAAGAUAAAGUCUGGCAAAGUUCUUUCUCCCAGAGCCGCUUUUGCGAAGAUUAAGGGACCCCAUAAACUUUUUUUUAAAGGGGGUAUUAUAUUUGAAACGGCUUUCUAUUUGGAUAGAAGCCGCCCCGAGUGUCGCCUCUACAAUAUUGACAGUAGAAGCCAGUUAGUUACGCUACCUCCCACACUUGCGGUGCUUCAUGACGAUGGGGAGUUCACCGGUGAGUUUGGUUCUCUUGGCCGGAUUGCUUUGGUUUUCGGAUAUCGCUGAAGCGGGAUGCUCUGAAUCUCAGAAAUGCUGCAACGGCAGGGACCAUACAUGCAGCAGCAUUGGUUGGACUAUGAACCGGGUUUACGGGACCUGCUACUGCGACCAAGCCUGUAGAAGCACUGGUGACUGCUGUUACGAUUACAUCGAGACAUGUCCAGCCAGUCCAUGUGUGGUGAGUGAGUGGAGUCAGUGGAGUGGCUGUGCUGAGCAAUGCCAGCCUACUGUGCGGGUUCGACGGCGUCAUGUUGAACAAGAACCACUGAAUCAUGGAGAUCCUUGUCCACCACUGGAAGAACGAGCAGGCUGCCUGGAGUAUAUGAAUUACCAGGGUGUACAUUGUGGACAAUCCUAUGGCCCUGCUUUUAUAAGCACUGCAGCGUACAAUAAGGAGAGAAGGAAGUUGGCUGCUUUUGAAGAUAAAGAGAUUCCUGGGUAUUGCACUGAGUUCACAAUUGAAUCACUGUCCUUCCACUGCACUGUAGAGAAUCGUUCAUUUGCAAGAUGGAUGCAGUAUCUCCGAGAGGGUUACACUGUCUGUGUAACAUGUCAGCCACCAGCUAUGAAUUCACACAAUCACCGUUGUCAUGGUGAUGGGGCAAAUGAUAAUGGGAAUAUUCAAUAUUUGGACAGUGGCCUAAUCAGAAGAGGACAGAUCAUGAGGACUCAUGUCUUCCAAUGGCAAGCAGUGGGCAAUCCUCAAUGUAGAGGAACAUGGAGAAAAGUGCGUGAGGUGGCAGAGUGCUCAUGCCCUAUUGUUCACAGUUUUAUAUUUACUUGAGAAGUCGUUUCUUAUUUUAGAAAUGUUACACGCUAAUAGAUUAAGCUUAAAUUUUUAACAAUUUGACAAUAAUACCACUCGCUUUGAUUCAAGAUCACACCAUGGAGGGAUUACAAAGCAGCACUGAUCUUUCAGAAUGUGAAUGAAAAUCUUUGCAUAGCCCCAUUCGACUGUUGAGUAAAAUGCGGACAGGUAGUGAAUUUUUUAAUGCAUUGUUGCAUUUUAAUUUUUUUGUUUAAAGAUAAAACAUACCUCCAGGCAUAUCACAGACAUUUUGGUUUAGAAAUAUAAUUCAAAAUUGAUGAUAUGUUAUUUUUAGCAGUUUAAAAUUAAUGUAAAUCAAUAAGAAUGCAUUUAGUAAACUUGAUCUUUCAGGCCACAUCUAGUCCAGAUGAAUGAGGCAAAAGUAGAUUAGUAAGAACUAAUCCAGCUCCUAAACAGAUCAAGUGGCCAAACAUUAAAUAGUGAUUGAGCAAUAUUAAUGUCAGUACUCUAACAUUAAAGUGUGAAAUCAAAUGUGAUGGUGUGUUCAGUAGACACAGCUUUUCAAUUGGAAUGAGCUUUGAAUUUCGUCUGGACAAUGCUUUGCCUCACUUAGGGAUAAAGAAUGCAGUAAUAUUGGCAGAAAAAAUCUAUUCUAUCUGCCAGUAAAAUCAGAACUUGCUGCCAAUACUAAUUUGGAGAUUUCACUGUAUUCAUUCAUAUUAAUUAUAUUGUUGCAAGCAAAUUUCAGUAUAAUAGAUAAUUGAAAGAAUGUUUAAUUAUUUUGCUUAAGACAUAUGCAGUUUUGUCUGACUGAUACCUGGGGAGAAUUCAAAAUAACAUUUUAGAAAUGGAGGAAGGUCAUGAUCCUAGAUGAAUCCUAGUCAGUUUUGGAUUCUGCUGAACAGUCACAGCAACUGUUUAAUAUGGGCUUUACAUGUAUUCAAAACAGUUUACGGUAAGAUAGUGCAUUUAGAUACUGGCAAUCACCAUUGAAGCAGAAAUACAAAGGUUUCUCUCAACAAUAUAAUGUGAAUCCUGAAAUCAAAAGCACUGUUCAAUUUAAUCUUGCACAAAACUUAAUUAGAAUAUGCAUUACUUAAAGUCACGAUGCAAGUAAAUAAACCAUAAAUAAAGCAAAUUAGGGGUCUAGAAUUGACAAUGAGAGCUGGUGUAAAUACACCGUAACAGUUCUCUGAUUCUAUAAAAUUACAUUGAAUUUGUACAGCACAUGAGUUAGACCACAUAUUGAAUACUUGCAACAAUUCUGACCAUCUUAUUAUAAUGAGAAUAUAAUGGCUCUGCAUAAGGUUUGACAAUAAAGAUUUACUGGAAUAAUUCUAGGAUUGAGAACUUAGUCUGAUCAGAAAAGAUUAAACAUGAAAAUUAAUUAGUUAUGGUUUUCAAAUAGAGUUUUAAAAAAUUGCAGCACCUGAUAAUACUAACAUUUUAUUUACUAAAGGUUUUUGAUUAGUCAGGUAAUUAAGAAAUAACUGUUGUAGUUUAUGUAAAUUUAUGAUUAUUGCAGUCAACUGUAUUGUGUAUAAGAAACCACUCACCUUGGACUGUAACUGGUCAACUGACAUUUCAAAUAUAUCGCUGAUUUUAAGCAAACCUUUUUAUUAUAUGUUUGAAUUAAUGCAGUGAAUUUAAACAGCUGUUUAACUACUCUCUCAGUUCUGGCACUGAGUAUCUAUAACAAUGUAAACUUUAUGUCUGGAGUUUCGUGAGUGUUUACAAAGAAUGUGC